AUGAUGAAGGGAUCACUUGCGGUCGCAUUGCUGGCGAGUGUAGUAUCGGCAGCAUCGCCAGUCGUUGUGCUCCCCAACGCUAAGCUGCUCCAUAAACACGGGAGGUGGGACGCAAAUAAUGGAACCUGGUGGCCUGGCUCAGGCUUCAAACUCGUUGCUUCAAACUUAACAUCUUUUGACCUGAGGCUUGGGUGGGAAGGUACCAACUGGCCUUCAGUCGCAAUCAGCUUAAGUGUAGAUUACGAACCCUUCAAGCAGCUUAAUGUUUCGGGUGGGGUAAACUCUAUCCCCAUCCCUGUUGCUCCCGCGAACAAGAGCCGAGUUGUAAGGAUCAAUGUUCAAGCCUCGACCGGUACUCGUAUGCAGCUUGACCAGAUUGAACUUAACGAGGGUGCUAAAGUCAAGGAGUACAAGCCUUCGCCUCUUCGUUUCCAAUUCAUUGGCGAUUCACUCUCGGCAGGGUACUUGAACCCUAAUGGGGUGAAUGACUGCUGGACCUUUUUGUCCUCUCAAGAGUUCAAGGCCGAGCACAACAUUAUGGCACAGUCGGGUGCUUGUCUGACGGAUAAAGAGUGCUUUAGCAAUAUCCACGGGCUGUCUUACCAGUACUUCGUCACUGAGGACACUACUUAUCGUUGGGAUUCCAAUCAUAACUAUACCACACCUUGGGAUUUCAAACGUGAUCUCGCUCCCUCGCAUAUUAUCAUCUACAUUGGUGCCAACGAUAACUCUAAUAACGUCACUCCUGCCGAUUUUACCCAAGAACUGAUCAAAUUCACCAUCCGCCUGCGCACUCUAUACCCCAAACAACCUUUCCUAGUCUUUACUCCUUGGGGAUGGAGUGAUGGUUCUGGACCAUUCUGGCCAUUUUAUCCAGGGGUAUACGAGGACGUUGUCAAGAACAGGACUUUAUCCGGCGACAAGAACGUUUUCCUCGUCAACACUACGGGGUGGCUUCAACAAAGUGGCGUUAUCCCAGGGGACGGUCACCCUAAUCCUCUCGGACAACAGCAAAUCCAGGCCAAAUUUAGCGAAUGGUUGAAAGCCUUUGGUGUGAAGCCAAGGAGUAAAUGGGAAACCCAAUGA